GUGAAUUCCAAAAAGGUGUCCUAUACUGAUGAAGAACUUCUCAGUUUUAUCGCACGUUGCCAUGCUCCACUCAAGAGAUCCAAGAAAUCAUAUGUGCCAUUCAGAAAGGAAUAUUUCAAGAGUCUGAUGAACAGUGCUGGAGUAAUCAUCAAAAUUCAUGGUGAUGAUGUUUCGUGUAGCCAGUGCAGAGGUGAAGUUAGAGAAUUCACUUAUUAUCCUCAUGUCUUAGCUGUGCUCUCUAAAAUCAACAAUUGGGAGUUCGAAAACGAUCUGGAAAGCUGUAUUACAAAGUGGAAAGAGAAUAAGGGCACCAGUAAGUCUGACAUCGAAAUUUUCAGUUAUCAAAAUCUUGCGCCGCUUCUUGAAGGAAGAUUUCCCAUGUACAUUCAUCCAUCGGUGAUCUGUGAUCUCUCUGUGGAGAAAAUUUGUCAACGAUACAAAAUUGACGAUGUGUACUCAAUCAAACAGGAUAUUACAUCCAUCAAGAAGUCACUAUUGCCACCCGAAGCAAUUAAAGUCACAAAAUCUACCAAGGCCACCAGAGCUACCCCAACCUCUCCAAGUAUGGAUGAUUUGACAAACACCUCAUUGGAAAGUGAAUUUGUGGAGGAUCAACACUUGGAAGGGUCAGAUUUUGGCAAAAACAAGCCACCCACCAAGACUAAGAAGAGAAAACGAAAACAAGGAAGAACUGUGGGUGGUCGGAGACAGUGUAAACGUGUGAACAGAUAAGAAUAUCACCAAACCACGUAAAACUAUUCCAGAUAAUAUUAAUAUUGCUAUUUGUAGACAGUUCCAUCUGAAGCAAUAUCCAAUAUCAGAAUAGUAAGAUGAUCUUCCAUUAAAAAGGAUUAAAUGU